CACGUGUUUAAUUAGGGUGGAGUUUAGUGAUAGCGAUGACAUCCAAGUGUGAGUGGCAUGAGCGUCUCUUGUCAGGGCGUUCAAGGUCGAUGCGGAGACUGGCAGGGUGAGGCAUUAUUUAGAACGCGCUAUCGAAAGGGCAGUUUGAAGCUUCACCUCACUGUAACUCCACUCCUCGUCCUUCUGUUCUUUCAGUCAUUCUCUGCUGUCUUAACCUUCUCUCCCUGCCUCGCCAGACAUCGCCAGUUAACAGGUGGUAAUGUAGCUUGAGGCAAAGGGCUUACAUUAAGCUCUCGUCAAGAAGAGGGUGAAAAUUGACUAACAGGAGGAGGAUAGCGAGGUGAAGUUCCUUUCGGUCAGUGUUUGAGCCAAGAAUCGCGUCUGCAGUUGAUAAUGGUUCACGAUACUUUUUCUUGUCAGGGUUCUGGGUCGUCUCCUUGCUCUUGUUGAUCAGUAACAUUUUUCCGGUGUAACAAAACAAUACUGAAUCCCGAAGGUUUAUAAGGCAUGGCAAUCCUGAACCGAAAAUCGGCACCACGCAUGAUUCUUCUGGGCUCGGCGGCACAGCCAGGCGUAUGACGCAGUGUGAGUUCUGCCGGGCUGAUUCUUCCCUAUACGGGCUUCCCUUGGCGCUCCUCGUUCUAUAAUACUCAAAUCGUUUCUUACCGCGUCUUAAAAGAUUAUAUUUGUGGUAUUAUAUAUCAGUUAGUAGCCUCUUGAUGGCUGUGAUCCAGCGCGACACGUUGGUACGCUGCGCGGCGCUAACAGGUCACGGAGAGAGUUGACGCUCAGUGGCACUGAGCGAGUGACGGGUGAUUGUGUGCGCGGUUCGCCACUUCCCCCGCCCGAGGAAGUUCAGAGGACCGACUUGUAGACUUGUAACUAUGUAGCUUCGCCCUUAUAGUUUUUGAAAAAAAAGUUAAUGCAGUGCAGUUGAUUACUACUGAAAUAGUACUCCAUGUUUUUACCGAGAUUAGUGUGGCGGGGAAUGUUGCAGAGUUGAUAUAUGAAUGGGAGUUUUAGUACAAGCGAACAUUAGUUUGGCGACAACCACCUGUGAGUGUCUUGUGAUCGCGUAGUGCUGCCUCCAGGUGCUGGCAGGCCCCUGUGGUGAUGGGGGCCGCGCUGCACAUACUGCUGCUCAUCGCUCACGCAGCCCUCGCCGCCGCCACCAAGGCAGGCAUUCAAGAGCAAGGGAGUGAGGAGAAAAGCUUAGUCCAGUCUGCUGUCUGUGCAUCAAGCCUGAGCUGGUCUGCUCCCACGAUGCAGCGUGUGGCAGUGUUAGCAGACACGGCUCUUGUCUGCACCUCAUCCUCUUAAAGAUAUGAGGUGGUAUGAGCACUGGGAUAAGAUGAAGAGCGUACGCAGCAAGUUUGUGGAUGUUUUGCGGCUGCACGUGCGGGGUGGAGCGGGGGGCAUGGGUCUGCUGUGCCUCAGGGGAGUGGGUGGCGCAGGGGGUGACGUGUAUGUGGAGGGGAAGGAAGGCCACAGUCUGCUGAAGCUGUGCAAGGCUCGGCCAGACCAGCGGUGGGUUGGGGCAGCUGGCAUGGACAGUCGCAAGUAUCGCAUCUGAGGGGAGGCUGGCGCUGAGCUGACCAUUCCUGUCCCUACAGGCACCACCGUCUGGCUCAAGCAGCACCAGAAAUUGCUGGUGAGAUAAACUGUGCAGGAGACAGGGUGUUGGUGGCUUGAGGUGGGCAGGGCGGCAACCCCAGCAACCAGUACAAUGGGCAGAAGGGACAGGGACACAUUGUGAAGCUGGAACUGAAGCUGUUGGCCGAUGUGGGUCUGGUGGGCUUCCCUAAUGCUGGCAAGUCCACACUGCUGUGGGCCAUCUCCAGGGCCAGACCCAGGGUGGCCAGCUACCCCUUCACGACGCUGCAGCUGACCCU